CGGAAUAUGCCUCUCUGUUGGACUCUGAUGUUUGCUACUUUUUGCACUGUGAACCAAGAUCGCUCUCUACGAAACUGUAGACAAUUGAGUUGACAAUGCAAGAAACGGUUUCGGAAUAUCGGUCUCUGGCAUUUCCAGUCAGGACACCGCACAGCCACCGAUUUAAACUUCAGCCAAGUUAAUCGUUUAUUCCCUGAUAUGACUCCGACAUGACUCACUGAGAUUUUACAUUCUAAGGAAUAUCAUCUCAGUGGGUCCCUUAAUUGUUCCAAGGUGCCAAUGCGGAUACGCGCUUCUGGAGGCAGAUCUUGGUGGCUGUGUUUUGACUUUCCUUGGAGAACGCAAUGGACUUCAAAUAGUAAACAUUCAAAACAUGCACCAUGACCGUGUAAGACAUAGAUGAGACCUCACUAUUCGAUCAUCUUGCCUGGCAUCUUGGAUGAAAGUUUUUUUGUGGUCAUCGGUCCAUACGAGGGAGAGAACAGCGAUGCUCACUAACGUUACAAAUUCUAACUGCAGCACGCAGGAUACUGACGUUCAUUAUAACUUUCCUGUUCUUGUAUUUGGGAUACUGCUAAUAAUCGUCAUUAUUGGUGGAAAUACUCUUGUGUGCCUUAGUGUUUACACGGAAAAGGCUUUAAAAACUACAACAAACUACUUUAUUGUCAGUUUGGCUGUUGCAGACUUGAUGCUGGCUGUGUUGGUUUUGCCACUGUAUGUUUAUUCUGAGUUUCAGGGCGGCAUUUGGUCCUUGAACAUGAUGGUUUGUGAUGGGCUGAUGACAAUGGAUGUGAUGCUGUGUACGGCUUCCAUAUUCAACCUGUGUGCCAUCAGCCUGGACAGGUUCAUUGCUGUUGCAGUUCCUCUGCAUUACAACCGUAAGCACGUUGACAACAGGCAGAUCAUUCUUCUCUCCGGCACCUGGUUACUGGCCUUUGCUGUGGCCUCCCCCAUUCUCUUUGGAAUAAACAACGUCCCUGACCGCGACCAGUCGGAGUGCAAACUAGAGGACGACAACUACGUGGUCUACUCGUCCGUCUGUUCCUUCUUCAUCCCCUGCCCCAUCAUGCUGCUGCUGUACUGCCGCAUGUUCUAUGGCCUGCGCCAGUGGGAGGAAGCCCGCAAGGCCCGGCUGCUCAAGAGCAUCCAGACCUGCCGGACCCUACAGGCGCCCGCGGCCCGGGCGACUGUCCAGAAGCCCUCAGUUUCGGCCACACAGCUGCAGAAGCAGGAGCCUCGGUCUCCGUCUCAACCUCAACCGGUGCAACCACCACGCCUGCCCCGGGUCAUUGAGAAGGACCUGGCCCAAGCGAGGAUGGAGGACAAUGAAGAGUCGACCACCCCAGAAUUCCCGCUGCCCCUUAAGUACAGGAACAGUGUCAUUCAGACAGUGUCGUACCCGGACGUCACAUACAGCCCCUCGCCGCGCAGGAAGAAGAAGGGGGCCAAACUGAACGGGCGUGAGCGGAAAGCAAUGAAGGUGCUGCCGGUGAUUGUAGGUGCGUUCCUGUUCUGCUGGACGCCCUUCUUCGUUGUGCACACCACCAGGGCCAUGUGUGAGUCCUGUGAUAUCUCCCCUUACCUGAUGAGCACUGUCACCUGGCUGGGGUACGUCAACAGCGCUCUCAACCCCAUCAUCUACACAGUGUUCAACACAGAGUUCAGGAAGUUCUUCCGCAAGUUUGUGCUCACCUGUUGGUGAAUGGAGAAAUGAUGAACGGCGCAAAAAUGUUUCCGCAUCCUUGAAAUUGCAGUGACUGCAUUAUGCAGCACUGUGGACCAGAUCUUCCAGCUGUGUGAUGAUUAUUCUGCUCCUUUGCUUUUGUACGGCGCACAUAUUGUCAUUGAAUUCUUGAAAUGAAGUGACUGCAUUAUGUGAUACUAUGGGCCAUUGUGGGCCAAGUGCUGCAUGACGUGAUAAAUAUAUUUAGUUUUUGUACAGAUCUGUCACCCAUUCUACCUUUGCUACUAUUUUUUUAUGUCUGUGACAGCAGAAUGUAAGUUUGUUUGUUAAAAGGUGCCUAUUGUUCUCUCGCUCAUCCACGUUUUAUGUGGAAAACUAUCCAUUAAUAUGAUGUUUUCCCCUCGAAACAAGAAAACGCACCAGAAAAGUGUUGCCAACACAUGGACGCUGGACACUAUACAUAAGAACUGAUUCAUAGUGAUUUAUUAGUUUUGCUGUAAGAACAUGACUUGAUUCUUCAGUGUACGCUCCUGCUGUACCCAAACAAGUAUUUUUAAGUAUUCACAGUAGAGAUAAAACACCACAGACUAUAGGAUGUUGCUAUAAUAUUCAAUACUCAACUGCUCAUAUAAAACACAUCAUACUGUUUAAUCUAUUAUGCAUUGCCAUCCCAUCACCAGCCUGGUCUAUGAAACUAUAUUUAUGUAUAGUUGCAUGAUAGUAUGCUACAGUUUGUUACAUAAUUAACUGUAGGGGAAAAAACUGCAGUUUAUAUUUCUCUCUGCCAGUUCUUGACAAUGGUAACAGUAAACAGUUCUGUACUUGAUGAAGAUCCUGUGAAAGAUUUAAUGAAAACAAAAUCAAGUUAAGUUGUUUUUCAUUGUUGUUUCCUAAACUUUAAAUUCUAAAACUUUUGGAAGACACGAAGUCAAAUAUGACCUGAACAAAUUGUUUAUUUAUUCAGUGCCAUGGAAUGGUUUAAUAAAUUGGACCAUAAA